AUGGAGAAGUUGUUCCAGGUUCUCAAGCACAAGUCCGCUGUAUUCAUCAAUUUGCCGAUGGUACUUGCUGGUUACGCCAACAACAUGAUCUGGCUGACGUAUGGGUCUCUAAUCCAGAAUUGGUUCAUGAUCUCCAUCAACAUUUUCUUCUUCUCCAUGAGCACAUUCACGCUCGUGUUGUAUCAUAUCUACGACCCAAAGACGCACCCACUCAAGGACGACUGGGACAUCAACACCAACGAGAACUCAGAGGAAGACGACGUCCAGCUCCAGAUUAAAGUGGACGAUUCAGACGAGGACAAGAAGAGCUUCAACCUCUCCAGCCCCCAGUACACCGCAAUGCACUCACCAAUUACCAGACUACAGUAGAGAUAUUAAAAAAAAAUUUAAAGACUACGCAGAUUGUUUUUGUCA